AGCGUUGUCACUCCACAUACUACUACUGGCAGAGACCAGCCGAAGGCGGCGAGAAGGAGAAGUAAAGGCGGCAGGAUAAGCAAGGGGCGGCUAAAAGGAUGGGCAUAUCUUUUGGAAGCUGCAAGCUGCCGGAUGAGCAAUACUACAAGCAUUUGGAUGAUGAAAAGAAGUAUUUCUUGGUGCUUAUGUUGGGUGAUUUCCAAGAUUCGAUGAUAAUCCCGGAAGAAGUUGUGCGGCGCUUGAAAGGUGAGAUCCCAGGAGAGAUCAAGCUAGAAACCCGAAAUGGUUACAGUCACACUAUUGUGGUUGCCAAGAACCAAGAAAAGCUUGUUCUUACAGUGGGUUGGCGGCAAUUCAUCGAAAACUAUGAUCUACAGAUUGGUGAUUCCUUAAUGUUCAGAUACAAAGGGAACUCUCAGUUUAAUGUCAUGACCUUUGAUAAGCUUGGUCGUGAAAAAGCAUUAUCAGUUGUUCUGGAUCCUUUUUUGCAUCGGGUCCAAGACAGGCGCAACGAGGCACAUGAAAUCGGGUCUUCUAAAAAGAUGGAUGUGCCUUCGGAAAGAUGCAAGAGCCGGACUGAAUAUCACUACGCAAACUUGGAUGAUGAGAAGAAAUAUUUCUUGGAGCAUAUGAUGGGCGAUUUUCAACAUGAGAUGAUCAUCCCAGAAGUAUUUGUUCAGCGCUUCAAGGGCGAAUUCCCAAGAGAGAUGAUACUUGAAACACAAAAUUGCCACAGUUACGUAAUUGGAGUUGCCAAGAACAAUGGAAAUCUUGUCCUUACAGUGGGAUGGGGGAAAUUUGUUGGGACCUUUGGUCUAGAGAUGGGUGACACCAUAGUAUUUAGAUACAUUGGGAACUCUCGAUUUAAUGUCAUAAUCUUUGAUGAACUUGGCUGUGAGAAGGUAUCAUCAAUUUUUGUGGAUCCUUCUCCACCUCCUGCGCAAGAAAGGCGAACAAGUGCUACUGAUACUGUGAAAAGUUCUCAUUUUCGUCCUCAGGCCAUACAAACGCAGCCAUUUAGCAUAGGGAAAGAGAUGCCAAUGGAGUCACCACGCCUCCAAAUGGAAACGGACAAGUCAUGUCAAGACAAGAACACCGUGAUAAGUACUUCCUCCUGCGAGUCAUCAGGAGAUUGUUUCUCCUCUAAAGAAGAAUAUGGAGUACGUGAAGAUGAAGAAGAAUAUGGAGUACGUGAAGUGCCUGGUUCCAAUUUCACCGUCAGGAAGAAGAAGGUCAGGCUAUCUUCAAUUCAGAAGGAGCAGUUGAAGGAUGGUUACAUUACCGUGAACAAGACCAAACUAACUCCAGCUCAGAAGGAAGUUGUGAAGCAUAAGGUCCAUUCCAUAGACUCAGAGAUCCCCAUCUUUGUUGCUGUGAUGCGCAAGUCUAACCUCAAUUCAAGAUUCAAUCUGACUUUUCCCAGACACUAUGCUAAGAAAUAUCUCAGAGAGGAGCCAAGCAUGUGUCUUCGGCGGCGGGAAAGGAAGUGGGGGGUGCGGUUCGGUGAAAACAAUGGUGGUAAUAAGCUCAGGAUCGGAUGGAAGCAGUUUGUAGAAGGCAACAAGCUGAAGAUGGGCGAUAUCUGCCUCUUUAAACUGUUGACCGAUGAGAGGGGAACCAUGACGGUCUUUAUCAUCCGCGCGAAAUUUGUCAAUUACUGGGCACGUCUCAGUGAUGCUGACCGUGAAGCAGCGUUCCAGAGAGGGGCUCUUGCUCAUCAGGCUGAUGGGGCGCGUGCUCCUGUCUCAAGGUUGCUUCACAUCGCUAAAACUGAAGCUAUGGAGGAUGAUGUUGUUGCCCCUGAGUGCCUGAUCGCUGAAGCAAAAAUCUGGCGUGGUGUGGGUUAAACGAGCGAUCCUAUAUAUCGAUCAUGAGGCCUCAGUUACAUUGUACUUCCUCCGUUCCAAAAUACAAGUCUUUCUAGAGAUUUCAAUAGGUGAUUACACACGGAGCAAAAUGAGUGAAUCUACACUCUAAAAUAUGUCUACAUACAUCUGUAUGUUGUAGUCCAUUUGAAAUGUCUAAAAAGACUUAUAUUUCGGAACGGAGGGAGUAGAUUUGUAGUAGAAACUUGAAACUGUUCUGAUGCUCGACCUACCUCUGUAUUUUGUUCGUUAUUUCUGUUGGCUGUAGUUUUAGCUGCCUUUUAAUCCAUUGCACGUAUGGAGGCUGUAGUUUUAGCUGCCUUUUAGUUUCCUGUUGCAC